AACUCUCAACCCAUGUCUCAACCCCUCUGUUGGCUUAGUAUCAGCGCUUCUGCCGCUUCAGAUAUUUGUGCUUGAAUCCGCGCGCUGUCCUCAUCAAUGUCUCGUAACGUAAACCUACUUCAAUCUACAAGCAAUUAAUUUCUCGACAUUUUUCAUUUUUUUUUUAUCUUUUUAAACCAAACAAAUUAAUAUUUGCUCAUUUUUUCUCUCUUAUGACAUUAUUUCUCGAAUAAUUUUGCAAAAUAAUAAAUGAAUUAAAGCAUUGAAAGGUGCGGAAAGCAUACACGACCCUGAGCGAAAAUUCAAUUUCAGAAAACCUGUAAAACAGUGAUAGUGGAGAAAAGUGGAAAUUAGAAAGAAAAAAACAAAACUAUUUUCCUAAAGGAACAAGUAAUUUUAAGUGUCAACUUUUUAUAAAAUGCAAGGGAAAGUGAAUUUGGAAUGGUACCGUUUCUAAAAAUUAAUUGUGUACUGGUAAAACUGAAAAGCGAUAUUCGAUAAAAAGAAGAAUUUUCAUAAUUUGCAAAAAAUAUUGUACAUUUUGCGUAGAAAAAAUUUACGCUUUUUCAACAAUUUUAUGGAUACAGUGAUUCGUAAAAGUGUUAAAUAAUUUUUCUUUUUUUCUUAAAUUUGACAUUUAAAAUAACAUAAUCACCGAAUUAACAAAUUUUGAAAAAGAAGCUGUAUUUUGAAGAUUUUUUAGUGACCUUUUCAUCAAAAAAAAAAAAAUAAAAAUGCCGCUUCAAAGCUAAUACGUCACAGUCAUUCUUGCGUGUGAAGGUAAGCCGAAAGUGCUGCGACGGGUAAUGUGUUCUGGUCGUUUGCGGCUUAAAGAAACCUUGGCGAGAGGGAGGGGUCAGAUCAAAGUCGGGUGGGAUCUGUAGCAUCGGUUCUCCUGAUGGUCGUAUACUCAAUAAAACCGUUUGUCCGCAGUCCUGCACACCAAAUAGGCUUCCACAUUAUUGAAAGGUCAACUUUGGCGUUCUCUACAGGUUGUCGGAAGGGUCUUGUCUAAGAUGACAUCAAUAAUGCGUAACCGUGUCAUAGAGGCAAAAUAUACAUGGAAGAGAAAAGUAAUUGUUUGGAUUUGAUGAAUUUGGAAAAUGUAUAGUCCAAGGUGUAAGAAGUAAGAAGUUCGAAUGUUAGAUAAAGUGCAUGUGGUUCGAGAAGUCACUUUGCCAGCAGAGUGGACUAGUAAAAUUAAUAAGACGCAGAAGUGGAGAAAAAACCGUGAGUGGAGGGAUACGCGGUCCAGCCUUGGUCCGCCAUCCUGGCGGUAUGGUCCUUUGGGCCACAAUACUAUUCCUUCAAGGAGCUGGUCUUGUAGGUUCGAUGACAGGAAUCAAGGGUGUACCAGAGAAUAUUACCGUAAUGUUCCUGAACCCAACGUCCGUUCGUGUGUCCUGGAGUACAAGCCAAGUCGAAAAAGUGGAGAAAUAUGAUGUUUCAUAUAAACCUACAGAUGCCAGGAACAAUAAUAGCAGUUACAGGGUGGUGGCGGUGGUCGCGGGUAACAGCGAAGCGGUGACGUUAAGCGGCCUGAGGGCUGACACGCAAUAUCAACUGGUUGUCACUGCCGUCAGAGGUGGUAAACGGUACAAAAGCCGACCAAUUGUCUUCCGUACACUGGAGCCACCAAAAACGUCUCCUCAACAAGAUGCAUCAGUUACAGGCAUUCCUUCCCCACCUUCAGCUCAACAACCGCCAACAUAUAUACAAAUUCGAGGUGUAGAAGUGGGAAUAGUGGUCUUAGUGCUGAUUGUGUGGGCAGGGGCAAUAGCGUUGUUCUUUAACCGUUGGGGUAAAAUACGUAUGUUGCUACCAUAUCAACCUGACUACAAGCAGGAGCAGCUUAAAGUUCCUGGAACUGGAGUGUGCUCUUCGUCGAAUGCUGCGUAUAAUCAACACUCGUCUCAGCAUGCCUGUUCCCAGCAAAAUUUGCAGCAUCUGCACUGGUCGAACCAGCACUUGGACUCAAUGGACAGCGGGGGUGGUGUUACAUGGCCAAGGCCCUCUAGACCACGUGUCAAUAGUGCAAUCGACGUUGCCGGCUUCCUAUCCCAGGAAUUUCUACGGAGGCACGGUUCCACGUCCCGUCUUUGUCGUAAGGUUCGCAGUGCAGAUAACUUACCUCUGGCAACAAAUAACCGGAACCUGGAUCGAAGAAUUUCCAAAGAUGAAAUAAACGAAACCGACCACGAGUUUUUCUUAAGAUCUAAUACAGAAGAAAGUGACAAGUUUGAGGAAACAGAUUCCAGAAGGCAAAGUGUUGUUGAGAAGUCUCCAGUGAUUGCUGAUACUGCUAUUUUGGAAACAUGCCAUUUGCAGCAGUCACCGAGGGAUUAUGCCACCAGUUCUUCGUUAACUGCUCGACGGUUUAGUGGAUGGCGAACUGGUUCAAGUCACGAUUACGUCCGGUGUCCAGUACGACAACCAAUUUCUAUGGAGGAAAGAUGUUUCAGGCGAUCCUGUGAACCUGAUUUCAUCCGGUUGCCACGUCACCACAUUCAUCAUCAUCAUCAUCAUCAUCGUCGAAUAGAAACACAUUCAAGAAGCUGCGAUUAUUCAAGGCGCUCAACGUCUAUAGAAGCUCACAGCGAAACUCAACAUUUCGGUUUACCGAUUCUCAGCAUUAGUGAACCCAGCCCUCCAGAUGAAGCUGACAACACUGUGGACGAAUGCUUGUAGGACUUGCUUGCCGAGGACUUCCCUAAGGAACUUCUUGUCUGACUGGAAAACUUUUGUUUUCAUUAAAUUGAUUCACGGGGGAUCCACAGACGUCUUCAAUAUAUGGGAUUAUCAAGUACCUCGGCAAAACUGAAACUAACUUAAGAUUGUGCUUCAUUUUUACCAGUCCGAACGUGUGUGUGUGUGUGUGAGAUAUUAAUUAAUGAACUUCUUAAUUUCAAGAAAUGUCGAUUAUAUUGUAUCGAACAGUCUCUUAAAUGUAUCCAACCUUACUUCUAAUACGAUUCAAAGAAGUCAAGAAACUUAUGAGGCUGAUUAUCUAUUUUUUAUCAAAUAUUAUAAUACAUAAGAUCAAAUUCAUCCCAAUUAAAAUGGUCCAAAAAUAUAAUUUAUAAAUUCUAAAUAUUUUGUUUUUUAAAGAAAAUAGGAAUAUAAAGAAAAGCACAUUUUUACAUUUUCAUUAUGAUCUUAAUUAAAAAAUUCAUCAAUCUUAAAAAAUUUAAUAUCUUCUUAAACUACUAAAGACCAAUUAAGAUUAGCUUCACACUAUAUUUUACUAACUUAAAAAAUGUAAAAAAACAUAACUCAUUAUUGCAGAAAGAGUUCCAUUAAAAACUUACUGUUAUUUACAUACAUAUAUAAAUUUAAUGAGUUGGGAAGAAAUUUCUCUGUCUUUUUAAAAUACAAAAAUUUUAACAAUAUUUCUGACACAGAAAACUAUUACAUAACUUGUAAAUUAUUUCUAUCACAUUAACUGUAAUAAAUAUGUAAAUUUAUCUAUACUUAGAAAUGUGUUACUUAUUUAAAAACAUUUCUUUCAUCAGAAAAAAGUAUCUUUUCAUGAAAAUAGUUUAAAUUUAAAUGAAAUUUUUGAACCAUUUUAAUAAUUACAUGAUUUCUUAUUCUGAAGGCACUUUGGUAACGAUCUUAUAAUUCUUUAUCAGAUAUAUUUCUUGUGUCUUCAAUUGUAUAUAUGACAUAUAUGAAGACAACAGCAAUUAUGGGAACAAUGAAACGUAUCUGCGAGGAGUUGAGAACUUGGGGAACAAAAGCGAAAAUUGAUACUUUGCUAAUAGUACUAAAUAAAAAACCGCGCUUCCAUCAAAUCUUUAAAUUCAUUCUCGAAUUUUAAUCGAGAAAUAAAAAAGAACCUAUAUUAUAGAUUAAGGAUUCAAACCAACAGUUUCUUCAAUGAAAAAUAAAAAUAUUUUACUGUCCCAUUCAAAGCGUUAAUAAUGGUCAAUUAUAAUGUUUAAAACAAUAAUAAAAAUAUAAACGAAGUAGAAUAAUAAUUUAGUUUAAAAUUCUCUGGACCAAUUUCAAAACACAUAAUAUCUAAAUAGAAAGUACUAAAUGCUUAGUACAAGAGUUAAAAUUAAAUCGUCAAUUACAAAUCAAUACAGAGUCAAAAUUUCAGAACUGGGAUACUUUAAUAUGAACCUUUGAAUUAAAAUAUUCAUUUACAUACAUUUUGACUACAAGGUGAACUAAAAACCACAUCUUAAUCACGUUUUUAAAUAUUUUUAUUAGUUAUUAAUAUAUGAAUUUUUACGCACUUUUUUAAUCUAAAUUUGUAAUUACAUGAUUGAUACCAUUCAAAAAUUCAUAAAUCCAUAAGUACAUAAGUAUGUUAAAAAUAAUGCUUCUACUUAUAAAAUACUACAGAUAAUUUAAAAAAUUAAAAUUUUUAUUUAAUAAGUAACUCAAAAGUUUAAUAACUUCUCGAAAAAGUACUUAAUAAAUGAUAUCUAUUUUUAAUGUUUUCUGUAGUAGCUAUUCAAGAGGUGUAUUAUUGUUUAACUUGAGUGUAUAACAUUUUUUUUAAUUUUUAUCAUGUAGCAUUAGAGUAAUCGCAAAUAUAACAUAAAAUUGCGUAAUAUUUCAAUUAUUGAUAACUAAUUUAAUGAAUUUAAUAAAUAAUAAAAUAAAUAAAAACUAAUAUCUUUAAAUCAUUUAGAAAAAAGAUUUUAGUUGUAUAUUAAAUAUGUUCGCCUUAUUAAUAUGUCGAUUUCAAACUUUAAAUUAUAUGUGUGUGCCAUCUACUUGCAACAGCUGGUUAACCUCAUCUUAAAAAAGGUUAUGUAUUAAUAAAGUUCUAGAAAAUAAUAUUUUUA